AUGUCGUUGUUCUGUGUCCAGACUCAAGACCUAUCGUGGCAGGACCGGACUAUCAAUACAGAACUGAUGAUGGCCCCGGCGCGCUCCCAGCUGCUUUAUAACAAACAUAAGGGUCUCAAAACCAAGUGUGAACAGAGAAGUUACAACCUGGAGCGAGAGAAAGACUCGUUCCUCAAAUCGUACAAAACGGAGCACAGACUUAUGGAGCGGCGGAGGGACAGCUACGUAAAGGUUCGGAAUGAUAUCAUCCUCCGCCGCUCUGCCCGCGGGACCCGUCGCUCGAGCCUUAGCGGUCCAACGGGGCACAUUUCAGCUCCUCCAAGGUUGGAAGCGGAAAUGUAUUCCGCCGGCUCCCGUAGUGACAACGCCUUCAUAACCGAGAUCAGGUUGCAAGGCUCCAAGUCCGCUGAUGCCAGGACUACUUUUCUCAGACGCUCACCGGAACAAAUGGCUAAACUUGCUCCAUUAGAUACCCCGGAAAUGACCUCACGACAAGUGUCUGCGUGUACACGCUCACCAACGCCAGGGAAACCGUACCUUCUCCGGAACAAAUCUGUGCGAUUUCUACCUGGUGGUUCGCCAUGCCCACAUGCAAAUAAAGAUGUUGACGACGAAGAAGAUUAUAAGCAACUUCCGGUUGAGGAACGAAUAAAACGCUUCCUUAAUGCACAAUCAGAGUUUAACAUUGAAUCUGCUCAACCGACAAGACACAGAAGGAAGUCCCUUGAUCCAAACAUGCUGCGCCAUCAGUUUGGAGGACUGCAGGUUAAUAGUAACAAACUUGAAUCUGCCUUUGAGGAAUUUGUUGGGGAUGGGACAAUGGACGGGUUUCAGAAAAUGAAGAAAUAUGCCACAAAACUCAAGGCAACAGUGAGAAAUGCCCAGAACUCACAAAUUAUGCCGCGUAGGAAAAGUGUGUUUGCUUUGACAUAA